CACUCAAAAUAAAUAUAAUGGACCAUCCGGCAGACAUUCAAAAUCUAUUUAAUUGUUUGCCUUACAAUAAUGCUUCUAACCGAAGCUUUGCAAUACCUAAACGGGGUUAACACAAAAAUUCAUUAUUUAAUAAAUAAAUAGUUUUCUACUUAUAUUUUCUGUAGGUACUUAGUAGUGAGAUCUGAUUUCAGUAAUUCGAAUUGACUGAUUCAUUUUACUGUUUAUCUCGAACAAACUUCCUGGCAAAAGUUAGUACUAGGUAAGUGUUAUGGAAUUUUUUGCAAGCUUGAAAUUUAUAAAUCUCUGCGGCCUAGGGGUUUCCCGAAGGUCUCAGUUGACGUUCAAGUUAAUCAGACAAUAUUUGUUGACAAUUACUCAGCAUAUCGAACCAAUACUUCGAUGUCCUGAAGGACACUGAUAUCGAGAGCUUGGAAUACUUAGGUGGCUCAUGCGAAUCAUUGUAUAAAAGCGUUUGUUUGCGGUAGUCAAUGUCACAGGCAGGCGGCGUUGUACUCGUGCCUGCUGCGAUAAAUUAAUUUAUUGUCGUUAAAAAAAAGAGUGUCACUGAAGAGUUUUGAUUAAAAACACUGGUGUGUAGUAAAUUACAUUUAAAAAAGUAAAUUUUUUUUUCAAAAAUGGAACGUUUACGAAGUUGUGUUUUGUUGAUUAGUGUAUUAUUUGUUUUAAAUAUUGAAAAAAGUUACCAACACGCGUGGGUGACUACCGAUGAAUUGGAGAACCACAUCAACCCUGAAGAUCUUCUUGAAUUUGCAAACAUUAAACAGAGCACCGACACUACCAAAUUAGACGAUAUCAGAGACAAUGCAGCCGGUUUUGCAGAUGUUAUGGAAACUACGACUGGCCUUCCUGUACCGGGUACAGUCGACUGUUUUGGCUUAGGUACACUGUCACGGCAGAUCGUAAGCCUCUUCAAUAUGAAACCAGAUUCGUCAGACGACGUCAAUACGCAUUUUUACUUCUCAUCACGAACAAUGCCUAUGAGGACGCAGGUGUUACCUGGCCCUCAAUUCGGUCUCGCAUGGGUAGACUUCAAACCGAAUAGGAAGACAGUGAUGAUUAUUCAUGGUUUUAUGAGCCACAGUAAUGCAUCUUGGGUCCAUGACAUGACUAAAGCGUUUCUGGAAUGGGCGGAUGUUAAUGUUAUUGCGGUAGAUUGGAGUGGUGGUGGGAAUACUUGGAAGUACUGGAGGGCAGUGGCAAACACUAGGAGAGUGGGCUCUGAUAUUGUUGGGUUCAUGCGUAAAAUGAUGACAGUGACCGGAGUAAGAACGAAAGACAUGCAUUUAGUUGGACAUAGUCUAGGAGCCCAUAUAGCGUCGUAUGUAUCCUAUCAUCUGGGGAAAGUUGCACGAAUUACAGGGCUGGAUCCAGCUCAGCCAUGUUUCUGGACAACAGAUUCUACGGAACGUUUGGACCCUCAAGACGCGGACUUUGUUGAUAUUAUACACACUAACGGGCGGUUGCUCUCGAGGAUAGGCUUCGGCUUCCCUGAUCCUAAUGGUCACGCUGACUUCUAUCCAAAUGGUGGCAUGAAACAGCCUGGUUGUCAUAACGAAACUACCUCCUUGUGGUCUCGACUUAUUCCAUUUUCAUCCAGACUUCAGCAAGCAAUAUGUAGUCAUGGCCGUGCAUACCUCCUCUUCACUGAAUCUUUGAUCAACCGUAACUGUAGUUUUAGGGGACAUAGGUGGGACUUGACGUAUGAAGGGGUAAAUGCCAGUUUAGAAGCACCUUGCGACAGGGUCGGUUCCUGUUCAGAGAUGGGCAUCAGAGCUGUGGGCGAGGGAAGGUUGCUACGCGCUGCAGGAGCUUACUUCGUACUCACUACUGACAAGGAUCCUUACUGUCCCACGGAAUGGGAACGCCGGCACCCACAACCAGAAUUGCUGAUAGACCUCCGCAAGGGUUUCCUUCUAGACCAGUUAAAGAAGACAACUUCUAAGACGACUGAAUCCGCUAUGUAUGCAGACCCCAUGGAAAGAGACUUGGGUGUUGUCCCUCUAACUACCACCACGCAAAAGAGCUGGUUUCAGAAGUGGUUCGCGUGUUUGGGCUGCCUCUACCUGAUGAUGCAGGAUACAGGAGACCUUAGAGUGGAAGUGAACUUCACUCCUGACACGCUCUACUUGAACUGGACCACUACGUUUCCGGGAGUGACUGUGUGUGAGGAGUAUUCUACUAAGCUGGCAUUAAGGAAAUUUAAUAAAUUGUACCCGGACCUUUUAAGCCCUUUGGAUUAUGAUUUCCGCUGGUAUCUGACAGAUACUCUGUUUGGUCGUGGCCAGUGUUCCCAAGCCACCUGUAUACCUUGUGGUCGAUCGGUAGCAUGUGACGUGCCGUGGAGAACAAUAAUUGAACAAGUCCACAAAAGCUGUCAGGAAAUGGUGUCCGAGUGUCGGUAUAACGAUGUGGAGUUUCCAUGUUGUGAAUAUUUUCGAGAAGUUGACUCGGAACACGGGUCUUGCUUCUCCUUCAACACUCUACAGCACAAGGGAGAAAACAGCUUGUUUGUAUUGAAUAGGACUACUGGGCCCGGAGUGUUGAUGUUUCGCUUGCUGUCUGAUGCUGAAAUAUCAAUUCACAGUCCCGAAGAGUUGUCUACGUAUUAUCUAGAUGGAAAGCUAAAAGAAAUAGUUCACACCUUCAUAGAGAAUCACGUGUCAUUAUUAUUCUCUGUGGUGGAGAUAGUGAAUGGUGAACAGUUGCGGAUGGAGCCUAUUGAAGUUAGGCAAUGCAGGAGAUGGGAAAAAGACGAAAAUACUGUAGGCACGCUUGUGGAAGUUAGAAUGGCAUCACUACCAACACUACGAUACCAAAGGAACUUGUUGCGAGACAAAUUGGAUUUAGUUGUGGCAGUGGGUGGUAUAGGAGGGCUAUUCUUCAGCGCAUCUGUCCUAAGUUUGUUAGAAGUGUUUUAUUUGAUCCUCCGACCUACUAACGAUUAAUAAAUAAAAUAAUAUUCUUUU